CUCUCUGCUCUGUUUUCUCAGGUUCUGAUAAUAUAACUACGCAUUAGCUACCAAACCACUGCGUUUGUUCACAGUUCACUUGUAUUGUAUUGCUACCCAAUUACCAUUCCACACCUCAAACUCCAAAACUUCAAACCAUGGUAAUGUGGGUAUUUGGGUACGGUUCCUUGAUCACCAAAGCAGGCUUCAAAUACGAUGAGCGUCUUGUUGGUUUCAUCAAAGACUAUCGUCGCGUCUUCUACCAAGGCUCUACUGAUCACAGAGGAACCCCUGAGUUUCCUGGAAGAACUGUUACUCUGGAACCUGCUGAAGGAGAAAUAUGUUGGGGAGCUGCUUACAAGAUCUCAAAUAAGGAAGAUCAAGAAAUCGCAUUAACGUAUCUGGAAGUGAGAGAGAAGCAAUAUGACAAGAAGGAAUAUGUAGAUGUUUUCACUGAGGUGAAUGCUACAACGCCAGCGAUUUCUGGGGCUUUGGUAUAUAUAGCUUCUCCAAACAAAAAAGUUAACGUAAAUUAUUUAGGCCCUGCAUCUGUUGAAGAUAUUGCAAGACAAAUAGUUCAAGCUGAAGGACCCACAGGACCUAAUAGAGAGUAUCUUUUCCUACUUGAAAAGGCUCUCCUUCAAAUAGGUUGCAAAGACAAGCAUGUCAUUGAUCUUGCAAAUGAAGUAAGGCGUAUUAUUUCAGAGGAGCCCUGAAUGCUUCAGUGUGUUCUGUUAUUAGCAUUGAACAUUCAAAAACUUUGAGCAGCCCUUUAUUUAUAUAUCCAUUGGAAACUCCAAUUCUUUCAAGAAUGUCAGUGGGUCAUAAUAUCUAGCUCUAGUUAUUUAUACUUCUCAUGUAACAUGUCGAUUUCUUUGUUUUUUUUGUACAUAUCGAUUUUAUUUCAUAUAAUGGACAGCCAUAUAUUGAAAUGGGGGCAAAAGCUAUUACCACCCCCUUAUCUAUA